AUGAAACAGAAUAGUGUGAUCGUCCAUGCAUUGUCAGUUUGCGGUCUAUUUCUUGCAUCUGGUAUCUGCAAUACAUUGACUGUGCAAUUGAUCUAUGAUAAUGUUCAUUUUGACCCAAAGACAAUGUUUACAAACCUUUGUAUAUUUGUGGGAUAUUUAAUGUUAAGAUUCAUACCAAGUAAUUUAAGCGGUGAACCAACUACAUCACACAAUCAUAGAAAGUGGAAACCUGCAUCAUCAGUACCUCGUUCUAGAUACUUUGCAUUGGCAGUCUUUGAUUGCAUUGCAAGUCUUUGCACAACAAUUGGUCAAAUUGCAAUUGGCAGCGGUAUUAUAUUUGGAGCAUUAUUAUCCAAAUUUGUACUAAAGAAACAUUUAUCAACUGGUAAAUGGUUAUCAAUCCUCACCAUUGUAGUGGGAUUAUGUAUAUGCGUUUAUAAACCAUCUCAUCCAUCAACCACCACCAUCGAUACUCCAACUGAUCAAUAUUCCAAUCUUAGAUCAUUUGUUGGUGUAUUAUUUGUACUAUUUGCGGCAUUUGUAUUUUCAGCUAGUAAUAUCUUUUCAGAGUAUGUCAUUAAAGAGUAUGAAGUAUCACCGUUUCAAUUUGCAUCGAGAUAUGGGUAUUAUUCGGUGAUGUGUGUAUUGACGUAUAUAGGAACUGCCACUUUUUAUAAUCGCAAGGAAUGGGUAAUCGAACCCAUCCUAGAGUCACAGUCAUCUGGUUUCUACAUAUUUGUGCUUUUUGCAAUCCUGUCACUUGGAAGUGUAUUUAGAUCAAGUAGUGUAUUCACAUUAUUGUCAACCUAUGGAACAGUGACUGUUGGUGUUCUCUAUGCCAUUCAAUCAAUUGUAGUCUUUGGAACAUCUGCCAUCUUUCUCUGUGAUCCUUUGGACCCAAUCAGAAAGGUUCAAUGUAUUACCACACCCAAAUUACUUGGUUCCAUCAUUGUCAUUAUUGGUGGUCUAUGGUAUACCAUGGCUGCUGUCACCUCAUCCUCAUCAUCCUCAUCCACCUCUACCACCUCAUCACCACCUUCAUCCUCUUCCCCAAUCCUCAAUUCCAAACCAACAGAUUCAAAUGAUAGAAAAAUAGUUUCAUAUACUACUACUACUAUAUUAGUAGUCUGUGUAUUCAUUAUUAUUCAAUCGUCAUAUUUGACAUUGGUAUUGGCAAAUACUGAUGAACCUUGUAAAAUUGGAAAAAUUCAAAAUACAAUUUCAAAAUUAUAUCAAUUGAUUGAAGAUUCUCAAAUCAAAGAAUCAACUAGUUUUAAUUUAACUAAAGAUAAAUUAACAUGGCAAGAAUUAAAAGGUUUAUUCCCAAGUGACAUUCAUCAUAACAUUUGUGGAAAUCCAAACAAAACACAAGCAAGAAGAAGUAUUAAAAUAUCAGAUCCAAAUAUGUUUUCUGAGAAAUUAGGUAGUAUUAAAAUAUCAAAUGAUGUACUUGAAUCUGGAACAGAGGCAAUACUUUAUUUCAGAGAUCAAAAUAGAUUAAAUGGUAGUGGAGUUUACACUUUUUGGCCACAAAUAUAUGAACCAAAUACAAAGACUUAUUUCUCUCUUCCAGUGAAUCUUGGUCAAUUGACAAUGGCAACAAAUGGGUCACUUGAAAAGGUUUUUGAAACGGUUGCUAAAAUGACAGUCCCGAGUAUCCCAUUUAGUGAUGAUGUAACAAUCAUUACUGAAACACCUAGUCAAGGUGGAUCUGAUAUGGCUAUACCAGCAGAUACCGAUGAUACUAGUGUCAAUAUUGCACUUGGGUAUUUAUUGUCAACGGUUCAACACUCUCAUCCAAAAGUACAUCAAACUUGGCAAUCGGCCAAUCCAAACAUUUCAAAUGUCAUUGCUUCCUAUGUCCAUUAUUCAUAUGUACCAUUCUCAAAAUCACCAGAUACCAAUACAAUUGAUCCAAGAACAUACUAUAUGAUGCACGAGUUUUUACAGUCUCUCACCACGGCCAAUGAUACGGACAAACAACAAUCAUUUAUCUUGCCAACCACUUGGAUGAUGACAUUGGCCGAUCAAAGAAAAACAUCUCCAUACUUUCACAUUAGUUUUAAUAUGAAUAAUAUUGAUCUUAGUGUAGCUCUAAAUGCAUUGUUUGGUAUUGCUUCUGCAACAAGACAAUAUAUCGUAGAGAAUAAUAAUAAUAGUUGUCCACCAUUUUUCACUCAAGAUAUUGCAAAUAUUUGCACGAGCAUUGCUGAUAUUGUUUCAUGGUCGAUAAAGUCUGGUCGUGCAUUUAAUAGAGCUGAUAUAGCUUUGGUGUAUUACCCAUCAAUCUAUGAUUAUGGGUGGUUUGCAUCUCGUAUAGUUAGUCUGCUGGAAGAGUUUGAACAUCCAUUAUACCCAUCGGCAUUAGAGUAUGCUCACGAUAUUCUACUCGAUGCUCUUCAACAAGAUGUAACAGACCGUCUCUACCAUCAUGUUAAAUUGGAAAUAGUAGAAAAAAAGAUGUACUACUUUUGGGAUGGAUUCUUGGGUAGUCAAGAUACCGGUGCUAGUGGUAACCCAUUACAUAAUGGAGAUGAUAGAUUUAUGACUACUAGUAUUGCCGUAUUAACUUUGAUUGAUACUUGGACUACAACUAGAUCUACUUCUACUUCUCCUCAACUUACUUAUCAUUGGAGACCAAAUACACCAUCGACUGUUAAAUCAUUGGUAAAGAGUGCAGUUGAAUAUAUUAGUGAUCGUGUACUAAUUGACAAGGAGUAUACAUUUAAUGCCUUUUUCUCUGGAUCGCAUAAAGGUAGUUCGAGUAAUUUCUAUUCCUAUCCAGUCAAUACAUGUCAAUAUUUAAAUGGUACCCAGUGUAAUCCACAUAUUCACAAUAGACCACUAUCUACAAUCCAAGGUGUCUCUGGUGUUGUUGAUAAGGACAUUUAUCAAGAAAUGGUCUACCAUCAGACAUGGGACAACACAACUACACCAACCUCUUGGGCUGGUACCUACCCAGACACUUUUUUGUUUUGGUCCUCUACUCCUCUAACCUAUUCAUUUUGUUUACAUGCUCUUUCAAAAGCAUUAAAUAUAAACUAA